CGCAACGCGACAACGCCGCACCAACCCCAACCCCAUCCCCCUGGUGUGGCACAACACACGAGCCUCCGCCUUCUAUAACUUCUACGACACCGUCUCCUCCUGCAAUCAUCAUGGUCGUAACCAAAGUCGGCCAGUGGUCGAACGUCGAAGAUGAGGUCCUCAAGGCGGCCAUCUCGAAAUAUGGUCUUAACCAAUGGGCGCGUUGCGCUUCGCUCAUCGCGAAGAAGACAGCGAAACAAUGCAAGGCACGGUGGAAUGAAUGGUUAGAUCCAUCGAUCAAGAAGACGGAGUGGUCGAGGGAGGAUGACGAGAAGCUUCUGACCAUGGCCAAGCUCCUUCCCACGCAGUGGCGCACAAUAGCACCCAUUGUCGGAAGGACUGCGACGCAAUGCCUAGAGCGAUAUCAGAAGCUGCUGGACGAGCAAGAAGCGAAGGAGAGCGGUGAUCUAGGCCUUGCAGGCCCCGGCGACGAGACAUCAGCCCCUACCGCAGAGGAUGUCCGGCGGUUACGUCCUGGAGAAGUCGAUGCAUACGCGGAAAGCAGACCCGCGAGGCCGGAUGCCAUCGACAUGGACGAGGAAGACAAGGAGAUGUUGUCAGAGGCACGUGCGCGAUUGGCAAACGUUAGCGGAAAGAAGGCGAAACGGAAAGCUCGUGAGAGGCAGCUGGAGGAAUCACGGAGGAUUGCACUUCUCCAAAAGCGCCGUGAGCUAAAGGCUGCGGGCAUAAACAUCAAAAUUAACCCUAAACGGAAGGGGAACCAUAUCGAUUACAACGCCGACGUACCUCUAGAAAAAGAGGUCCCCUCCGGUUUCUACGAUACUACCGAAGAGCUCGUGCGGAAUGAGCGGCAGCGAGAGGCCUUUGAUCCGCGGAAGCAACAACUUGCGAACAAGCGCAAGGCAGACAUGGAGGAGGAGCAGGGGGGCAAUAAGAGGAAGAAGGACGAUAAAAGUUCGGGGGGGCUGGCUGCUUCAUACGCAAAGGCUGCUCAAGCCCAGAGGAUGCGUGAGGCUGAGAUGAAUAGCAAGCGACGCGCACUUGUGCUCCCGGCACCCCAGGUUGGAGAUGCAGAGAUGGAGGACAUCGUCAAAAUGGGCAUGUCUGGAGAGCGCGCAAUUGCUGACAUCGAUGGUGACAAUGGGGCUACUCAAGGCUUAGUUGGCAACUACUCGAGCAUUGUCCAAAACACCCCUAUUCGCACCCCAAUGGCACCGAAAGAGGAGGACUUCAUUGGGAACGAAAUUCGAAAUGCUCGGAUGAGGACAGAGACUCAGUCCGCUCUGCUUGGAGGAGAUAACCCUGACCUGAUCGAAGAUAUGGCACCGCCCGCGCUACCCGGCAAGACUCCGAGGCAUCAGAUUGUGACGCCUAACCCAAUGGCCACCCCUUUUCGGCAAGCCAAUGGCGGGGUUGGUGCUACCCCUAUGCGCCAAGGACCUGGCGCGACCCCGAUGCGGACCCCCCGAGAUAACCUUCGUCUCAAUGAGAGCGAUGGAAUGCAGCUUGUCGGACAAACCCCACGGGACCUUAAGCUCCGAGAGCAGGCCAUACGUCAGAACCUUCGAAGCAAACUUGCCUCCCUUCCUAAACCAAAGGAGACCGAGUGGGAAUUCGAGCUUCCUGAGGAGCAGGCUGAGACGCAAGCCGUGGUGGUUAGCGAAGAAGAUGCUGCUGAGCGAGACAGAAGGAACAGGGAGUUGCGCGAGGCCGAGGAGCGUGCAGAGUUUGGCCGACAAACCCAGGUCAUCCAAAGGUUUCUCCCGAGACCAUCAAUAGUGGAUUUUGAUGCGCUUCUGAAGAGGGCCCAAGAUAUCGAAGACCCGAUCGCACGGGAGAUCGAGGCGGAAAUGGCUCUCUUGAUUGUGAAUGAUGUCCGAAAAUUCGGCGGUGGACAGGUCAGCGGCACAGCACGGCCUCUGGAGAAAAUCAGCGACGAUGCCGUCAAUAAGGCUAAGAUGGAGAUAGCCCUCGAAAUAUCUGCUUCAAGCGAGAAGGACAAGCAAACUUUCCAGUGCAACUUCGGAACGGCCUGGACCAACCUGCAUGGGUCUUCACGACUCCCCGGACUGGAUGGGUACGAGGAAGACGAGGUUGACGAGCACCAGCUGAUGGUGGAAGCGUUUGAUAACACACAGGACAAGAUCAUGGAGAGUGCAGAGCGGGCGAACAAGAUCGAGAAGAAGCUCGCUCUACACCUGGGUGGAUACCAGAAGCGGGCGACUCUCCUUCGCCAGAAAAUCAUCCAUGCAUCGAACGCCCUCGAAAAGGCAAAGAGAGAGCUGGAGUUGGCUCGGACGAUGCAGUAUUCGGAAGGGACAGCGAUCAGUAGGCGCCUGGAGAGCCUGCGGGACGAGGUUGCAUUUAUAAGCCGAAGGGAGAGGGAGGCACAAGAGCUGUACCGGGCGAGGAGAGACGAGUUGGAGGACCUCCAGAUGCCCAAGAGUGAAGCUAGCUGAGGAUAACUAGGUCUGGUAUGAUUCAUGAGCAGGAGCUUUUCAUGUAUUAGUAUUUGAAGGGAACAGAUUUUGGGUUGGCAUGGGGUAGCGGCGUCAAAGAGGGGUUGGAGGGCGGCUUUGAAUUUCUCUCAGAAUGUCAUCAUAAACAUGGUAUCACCUGCCAGGGUGGACGGGGACGGCACAGGUUGAGAAGAGACAAGGAAGCUAGAUAGGCCAAAAAUUG